CAUUAAAAAAAAUGUAUGCAAAUGAAACAACAACGUCAGCAGCGCCUUUUGUGAAUGAAUGAAUUAAUCGACAGCAACACGAUCUAAAUAUUGCAGUCGCUGCCUGCACAGGUACAUAUAUGUCAUGUCAAAUAGAAAAUCAAACAACAAAGCAAAAGAGCGCAAAACUUUGUCGGCAGCCACUUUGCAUGCAACGCACUAACCGAAAACAACAACAACAACUACACACAACAAACAACAUUGCAGUUCAUUAACGAAUUUCAUGUGUUAUUCUAUAAAUUCUUGUCGCUGUCAUGUUGUCAACGUGUCACACUGCAGCAUGUAAGUGUGUAUGUGUCUACGAUCACUAAUCCUUGAUAUUCGUAGCAAAAACAAGAAAACAAAUAACGCACGUGUUGCAUACAAAAUAAAAUAAAACGUCAAACGAACGCAAAUAAUUAUGCGAGUGCAGAGUAACAUAAAUCAAUCAAAUCAAAAACAAACGCACAAAAUAAUAACAACAACAACAGCAAAAGUUUUGAUAUGCAUUUUAACGACGUGCAAUAAUUUAGGCGCCACUUGCGCUGAUUAGCAGUGAUAUUUAGCUUAUAAUCGCAUUUAAAGCGUCGUAAUUGCACACACACCCACACAUAUACAUACACAAAAUAGUGUUUAGUGAAGGUGCUCGUGUCUAUAUGUCGUUAAAUGUGAAUUUAGCAAAAGUGUUAACAAAUAAAUUCCAAUUUUUUUUUCCGAUAACAAAAUUGUACAAAAAUGCCGAAGGAACGCAACUUCAAGCCUUCGGAGGCUAGUGAGCGUCGAGAAUUACUAAAUUUCCCGCCUAAAGCGCAGGUAGUGCAACGUAGAACUAGCGAUGGCAAGCUAUAUGUGCCUCUACCGCUCUCCGAGGAGUUCACCGAGAAAAAUGCGGCCACGACGGACUGGACUUUGAAGGCACCGUUGGCGUUGCAAGAGUUGCUAGCAGGUGAUGAAGCCACACCGUUUGGUAAUCAACAUAACCGCAAACAACCGUCCCCAACGCACGCACACACAGCUAAUGACUGUAAAUUAAUACCAGCAACAACAACUACUGUGACGUCACAAGCACAAGCGCAACAAUAUCAACAGCAAUCGCUGCACAAAACACACAAACAAAUGACGGCGAAACGUAAAAAUUCCAAUUCCAAUGAGAUCAACAACACUGCAACGAGCGAAGCGCCACCUGCCAAUACAACGACGAACACGACGACAACAACAGUGACGUCAGCGGCGAACGCAAGAGCAAACAGCGGCACGAUCGCCGCCAAUAAUGGCCCCUCACCGCUAGCGACAGCGCCAACCACGCGACGGGAACCACACCUAAGCACGAGCAGCAAUGGUGAAGAUGAGACCGAUGUAAUUGGCGAUUUGGUAGGGCAUUUCGGCAAGUGGCAAUGCCUAAUGACAAUGCUAUUGUCGCUGUUUCAGGUGCCGAAUACAUUUCACAUAUCGUCGUCGGUUUACCAGGCGAUCAACAAAAACUUCUGGUGCAGCCGACCGCCGCACUUACAACACUUGCCGGUGGAUGUGUGGCGCAAUCUGAGCGAUUCGCAGGACAAUUGCUUUCAGGCGAAUAUAGACUGGAGUCAAGUGGGCAACGACAGCUUGCAGCUGCAGCCAGCAUUGCAACAACUGAUACGCCAACAACAGCAAUCACAAGGCAUUUUACCACACGACGUCUCGGCAGUGUCGGCAUUUCACAGUUAUCUGCUCUCACCGCUGGCAGUUGUGCAGAAUGAGACACGCAUACCCUGCACCGCUUGGGAAUACGACGCCAAUGACAAUUUGGGCAACACAUGGACUUCACAGUGGGAUUUGGUGUGCGACAAGGAGUACAUUAAGAAUGUGGCGGAGAUGUUCUUUCUGCUGGGUGUGGCAACAGGUGGCAUACUGUCGGGCUAUUUGUCGGAUAAAUUCGGCCGCAAGAAGAUGCUCUUCGUAUCUGCUGUGCUGCAGACAAUAUUCGGUUUGGUGCUGUACUUCCCAAAAUCUUUGGAAAUGUUUCUGCUGCUUCGCGCCCUACUAGGUUUAGUCUCCGUGUCCGUCACAUAUGCUGGCCUCAUUUUGGCCAUUGAGUAUGUGGAUGGCAAAUGGCGUACCAUAGCCGGCAUGUACAAUUUAUUUCCACUGCCAAUAUCGUACAUGUUGAUCGCCGGCAUCGCCUACCUGACGCAGGACUAUCAGCGGCUACAACUCUGCAUCGGCCUGCCGGGAAUAUUUCUUUGCUUUCUAUGGUGA